AUGUCCAUCGGCGUUCCAAUCAAGAUUCUCCACGAGGCAGAGGGCCACAUCAUCACCUGCGAGACAAACACCGGCGAGGUGUACCGCGGCAAGCUGGUGGAGGCUGAGGACAACAUGAACUGCCAGAUGGCGAACAUUACCGUCACCUACCGAGAUGGGCGAGUCGCUCAGCUGGAGAACGUCUUCAUCCGCGGUUCAAAGAUUCGCUUCCUCAUACUGCCGGACAUGCUGAAGAAUGCACCGAUGUUCAAGAAGAUGACGGCUAAAGGUGGCGGAGGCGGCGGUGGAGGGGCAAAUACGGCGGGCAGAGGAAAGUCGGCGAUACUGCGGGCGCAAGUCGCCCGAGGCCGUGGUCGCUCGGUGGUGCAGCGAGCCAUCAUUCAUCGCCGUAAGUAG